GGCGGGGUGGGCUCGGCUCUGCUCGGCUGGGCUCGGCUGGCCGCCGCCGAGCGCCGCUCUCCUCCGCCGCUCCCCUCCUAGCCUGGCGGCAGAGCCCCGCCCUGCGCCGCGCCCCGCCCUCCCCCUGGGCCGCGCCCUGCCAUUGGCUGCGCCGGGCGGCGAGUGGCUCGGCCAGGCUGGUAACAGUGCUGUCGCAGGAGAUGGACUGGGAUCAGCUGGACCUGAACCCCAAGGUGGUCGCUGCCCUUAAGAAAGCUGACAUAAAAUCAAUAAAAGAAGUUUUAAAUCUUUCCGGAGCAGACUUGCAAAGACUGAUGAAACUAUCCAGUGCAGAUAUAGAGUGUCUGCUGAAAACAGUCUCUCACACGCUCAGGAGAAAUUGUAUGCUUACAGCACUUCAGCUCUACCAAGAUAAAGAUCAUUUUGCCUCCCAACACCAGAAGCUAAGCCUGGGAUGUUCAGUACUAGAUAACUUGUUAAAAGGUGGCAUCCCUUUAGUGGGAAUCACAGAACUUGCUGGAGAAAGUUCUGCUGGGAAGACUCAAAUUAGUUUGCAGCUGUGCCUUUGUGUGCAGUAUCCUUACAAAUAUGGUGGAUUAGAGUCUGGAGCUGUCUACGUCUGUACAGAAGAUGCGUUCCCAAGUAAACGUUUGCAACAACUCAUAGAUCAACAGCAUAAGCUGCGUGCAGAUGUUCCACCUGAAGUCAUACAGAAGAUCAGAUUUGGAAACAAUAUCUUUGUCGAGCAUGCAGCAGACCUAGACACCUUCCACAAUUGUAUUACUAGAAGGAUUUCCCUGCUGCUCAAACGAGGCAUGGUGCGGUUGGUGGUCAUAGACUCUAUUGCUGCGCUGUUUCGAUGCGAAUUUGGAGCUUCAGAUUCUGUUUUGAAGGCUCGAUAUUUGCAGAUGUUUGGAGCACAGCUUCACAGUUUAAGCACUAGAUUCAGCACUCCGGUUGUGUGCAUUAAUCAGGUGACCGAUGCAGUGGGUGAGUCGGAAGCUGCUCAGUGUGGCUGUGGUUCAGUGGAUAACAGAGUCUCUCCAGCACUUGGAAUAACCUGGGCAAAUCAACUGCUAAUGAGACUGAUGGUCAGCCGAGUAUCACAACGCGAACAGUCGUCUGGAGCUGUGUUUCACCACACUGGAAAUGUGAGGACUUUAAGAGUGGCUUUUGCUCCUCAUCUACCUCCAUCCUUUUGCUGCUAUACGGUAGAAUUGGAAGGUGUGAAAGGAAUAAAGUAAAUCAUUUGUAUA